AGACAUCAGAAGAGUUACAGGGUGUGUUAAGUGGUGGUGUCCCAUCCUUUCAGGUUGAUGGCCUGAGGUAGGACUAAAUAUAUUUAAAUAGUGGUAGGGUUUUUUUUAUUAUUUUUUCAAGCAAAGUAUAAGGGAGUUGUACUCCAGCCUAGUAGGUGGCGGUAAUGCAACAUGUAUUGGAUGCCAACCAUCGUUAAACCUUAUCGAAGAAGCUACGUCGAAGGAUGACCGGAAGUGGUAGGAGCUGAAUCGUCAGAUUUGUAAUCACAUUUUCGAGUGGGCUGAUGGAAGUGUUGUUUUCGUGGACCAGUGACCACUGUUUGGGAAGCUGUGGCUAGCGAACAAUCGAUGAUAAACAAAUCAAAUUUUACUCGGUGUGGCGGUGGUUCGGCUGUGCUGUGACUGUGUAAGAUAUGGUAGGAGGUAGGGAUGGAGAAGAAAGUAAAGCAAGUAUGGAGCAUAGUGGUACAAAUAAAGGAGGGUGUAAGAAAGGGAAAAACAAAGUGGGAGAGAAAGGGAGUAGGGGUUUAAAGGGGAGCGAGAGGUCUGUGGGGGCAGAGAGGAGGCAGAAGAUAAAGUUUGAUGAGAGCAACAUAGUUUCCAACGCUAGCGGCAGUUCGGGGGUAGAAUGUGCCGGGGAAAGGCAAGAUAAAACGCGAGGGCAGCAUCGAGUUGAGGAGGAGCAUAAAGUAUUUCUGAAGUUUAGGGAGGAAGGGGGAGUUGGGGCGAUGAGUCCGAUAAGGUUGACGGCUGUAAUAAGAGUUGAUUGGGGAAGUUGUCAGUGCUAAAGUGUCAAGAGAUGGGAACUUGUUGGUGUUCAGUAAGGACAUGGCACAGGGGGGAAAAGCUCUGAGUGAAGCAAAUAGGGAAGAGUAAGGUGGUGUUGAGCAGCUGGACUGAUCAAGCAGGGAAGUAGUGGAUUAAAGGGGUGAUAACAGGAGUGCCUGUGAGUGUUAUAUGAGUUAUUAUGUGAGGGCUUAUGUACCGAAGCCUUUAAGAUGUUAUAAAUGCUAAAAAAUAGGUGUGGAGGGGAGUAUGGGAAGUGUGGGCAUGCUGUACAACCAAAAUGCUGCAGCUGUUGGGGUGCAGGCCUAAGAUAGGGGAGUUUCAGUAAGAUCUAAGAUAUAUGUAUAAGAUAUGUUUUAGUAAGAUUGGAUUUUUGGCAUUAUAGCAAUGGUUAUCAACUGUACUGCAGGGAUGGAAUGUAAAUAGCAGAAAAUAGAGGUUGUGGUGGCAGCUGCAGACAGGUACUUGGGUGUGCGAGACUUGAUGUCAGAGUUACAGGGUGUGGUAAGUGGUUGUAUCCCAUCCUUCCAAGCUGUUGGCCUGAAGUAGGACUAAAUAGAUUUAAAUGCUCGAGUAUUGUGUAUAUAUAUUAUUAUUUCAAAAAAAUUGUGUGUGAGUGUAGUGUUAGAUGGUAGGGUAUUUGUUUUAUUUAUUUACUUUUUCAAGCGAAGUAUAAGGAAGUUAUACUCCAGUCUGGGUAGGUGGCGGUAAUGCAACAUUUAUUGGAUGCCAAUUGCCUUUAAACCUCACCGAAGAAGAAUAUAGGAAUAUUGCGUAUUACGGAUACGAUAAAUUGACUUGAAUUCGAAGGUUGGAAUCGACAGCAACAGGUAGCCGAACAGAGCGUCUUCAGCAUUUAACCGGAUCGUUCGACAGAGGACGAAUUUACCAUGUCCUCCAACAACAAUUUUUCAUCAUUUGAUGAUGAGAAUGAAUCAAAAUUGAUGAGGAAAGCAAAGGAGUCGCCGUUUGUCCCAAUAGGCAUGGCAGGAUGUGCUGCAGUGGUAGCCUUUGGUCUGUGGAGGCUGAAGUCACGGGGGAACACAAAGAUGUCAGUCCACCUCAUCCACAUGCGUGUUGGAGCUCAAGGCUUUAUAGUAGGCGCAAUGACAUUAGGGGUGAUCUACUCCAUGUACAAAGAAUAUGGUGCCCACAAGGACCUGGGUAAAGACAGCAAGUGAGCCUACCAGCCAAUCAGCAACUGGCUUGACCAGAGCACGCAUCAAGCCUGCCAUUCCUGCAUUGUACUUUUUGAAAUAGAAGUCCUAGAAUGGAUCAUAUCUGUCAAAGUAACAUUCCAUUGAUGGCAAGUAAUUUUUACUGAACAAACAUAAAUGCAACAAUUUCAAAGAUUUUACUGAGUUAGUUCAUAUAAGGAAAUCAGUUAAUUGAAAUAAAUUCAUGAGGCCCAAAUCUAUAGAUUUCACAUGACUGGGCAGGGUGCAGCCAUGGGUGGGCCUGGGAGGGCAUAGGCCCACUCACUGGGGAGCCAGGCCCAGCCAAUCAGAAUGAGUUUUUCCCCACAAAAGGGCUUUAUUACAGACAAAUAUUUCUCAGUUUCAUCAGCUGUCCGGGUGGCUGGUUUCAGACAAUACUGCAGGUGACAAAGCCAGAUGUGGAGGUCCUGGGCUGGUGUGGUUGCACAUAGUCUACGGUUUUGAGGCUGGUUAGAAGUACUGCCAAUUUCUCUAAAACGACAUUGGAGGCUGCUUAUGGUAGAGAAAUUAACAUUUAAUUCUCAGGCAACAGCUCUGGUGGAUAUUCCUGCAGUCAGCAUGCCAAUUGCAUGUGCCCUCAACUUGAGACAUCUGUGGCAUUGUGUUGUGUGCCAAAACUGCACAUUUUAGUGGCCUUUUAUCCCCAGCACGAGGUGCACCUGUGUAAUGAUCAUGCUGUUUAAUCAGCUUCUUGAUAUGCCACACCUGUCAGGUGGCUGGAUUAUCUUGGCAAGCGAGAAAUGCUCACUAACAGGGAUGUAAACAAAUUUGUGCACACAAUGAGAGAACGCUUUUGCUUAUGGAACAUUUCUGGGAUCUUUUAGUUUUGCUCAUCAAACUUGGGACGAACACUUUACAUGUUGCGUUUUAUAUUUUUCUGUAUAUUUUGGAUGAUGUUGUGGUUUUGUUGUUGUAGCAUUUCAAUCUGGCAAUCACUUUGAAAAAGUAUAUACAUGUCAGGAAAUUGGCCAGCACAUCCAUUGUGUGUUCUGUUUAUCAUUAUCUCUCUGCUAGACAGCUGCUGUAAACCACUAGUAAAAUAUAACCUUUUAGGUAACUAAACCCAUAGACUACUAUAGUUAAUCCAUACACUGAACCUUGCCAUGAAGAGUUAUUUGUGUGUGUGUGUAUAUAGCUUAUUUACUUUGACAUGUGAGUGAACCAUUUUUUAUUCUACAUGAACAGGUACAGACGUAGGUUAUACUUUCAACUAACUAUCCACACACUAAUGAGAAGUAUUGGCAAAAAAACUUAGAGCUCAGGGGGUCACUCUGUCCAGCCUCACUGUUCAUGAGUUUGUACUUUGAAAAAUAUAUUUUUGAAAAGUGACCAGAAAUAAAUAUUUUUGGGGAUGUAA